UUGACGUUCACCUCGUGGCACUGUAUCGCGCAGCCAGCACGCCCGCAAAUCCCGCAUGGUGCCGUCAUGUUGAGGGUCUUAUAACACAGCACUGGAGUGUGCAAUCCCCAGUUUUUGGCUUGGUCAAACCCCGCUCACAUUGACCUACUGGUAGUUCACGCACCACAGCCAAGUUUCGUGGUCACAAAAGCUAGCCGGGUUGAGCAGCGCACUGAGCACUCAGCAGCACCGGAGUAGUGGAUCGGCCACUUGAAACUGCGGCAAUGGAAGAAGAUGCUGAGUCUCGGCCACACCGCCGCCAGAAGCCUCCGCCGCGCACCAUUGCCGCACUGCUUGGUCUACUCCUCCUGGUCAACCUCUCCGCGAGUCUAUACCAGCUGCCGCUGAACAGGGUCGUAGAAAGACGUCUUUGCCAGGAAUAUUACAGCCAGCAUGAUCCAUCUGUUAUCGGACCUACUGGGGAUAUCGACGAAAGGCUCUGCAAGGCCGAUGCGAUACAGGCUGGCCUGGGCAGGAUCCAAGGGGUCAUGGACACGGAAUGGAUUGUUGGUGACUUCGUGAUGACAAUACCCCUCGGGUUCGUGGCUGAGAGGUACGGCCGAAGAGCCCUCCUUUGGCUCAAUCUCGUUCCCAGAGUCUUCAUGCUGAGCUGGGCUGUCAUCGUUGGCUACUUCGAUCAACUGCUCCCAACAAAUGCCAUCGUUGCCGGCCCAGUGCUGUCAUUUCUUGGUGGUGAUUGCGUUUUCAACUCUAUCACAUAUUCACUGGCCGCCGGAAUCACAAAUGACUAUGUGCUCCGUGCAUCUUACUUCGGCUAUAUGAGCUCGAUCACAUAUGUUGUCAAUCUACUAGGUCCAGCGCUGGCCUCUGCCUCGAUGACAUUACUCCUUUGGCUCCCUUUCUGGAUCGGUAUCACUCUUCUCGGAGUCGCUGUUGCGAUAAUCCCGAUGCUUCCCGAUCAUGAAAUAGCAAAGGACCAACGAGACGAACAGUCACAGCCCCUGUUGUCUUCACCUCUACUCAAAGCUCAAGACUCAGGCCCUACGAUCCUGCAUUCAGUCAUCGGCCGCUUCCAAGCUUUACGGGCAGCGCUGGCUACCCACCCCUGGAAUUUCUCCCUGCUGCUCGCCUGCUUCCUUCUCGCUUCUCUGGCCAGCUCUGACACGAAACUUCUCGUCCAAUACAUCUCCAAGCGCUACCAAUGGACCUUCGCCUCGGCAGGCUACCUUUUAUCAGGCAAGGCGGUCGUCAACUUUGUGCUCCUGACCGUUGUCGUUCCCCGCGUCCUCCGCUCGGCAAUGGUCGCCAGCAGCGGCAGCGGAGCGUCUGGCCUAUCUUCGGACCGCAUCAACGUCCGGUUUGCUAAGCUUUGCUUGGGCGUCUCGGUUGUAGGAGCUGCGGCCAUCGCAGUAUCGACGACAAUCUGGCUUCUGGUGCCGGCGCUGCUUGUCUACGCGCUUGGAUCUGCUCUCCCAGUCUUCACACUUUCUCUCCUCAAGUCGCCUUCUAUUUGUUGUCCAGGCGCAGACAGAGGAGACGAUGGUCGUGAGUCGUCAUCGCCUGGAGCAGACUCACAAACUCACAUCUUCUCCAUCGUGAUGCUGGUGAAGACACUGGGCUCACUUCUCGGCGCACCGCUGAUGGCAUUCCUGUGGGUGCGGGGCAUCGGGCUCGGUGGCGCUGCGUUGGGCAUGCCAUAUUUCGUAAGCGCAGGGUGUUAUGCCGCGGCCAUUUUCAUCUUUUGUCGGAUUGAGAUCGAUCAAUGAUCAUCGUGAGUUCAUCCUCCGCCGUGCUGGCGUUCGCGGGCUUUGAACUCUUGGAAGUUGGCGUGUAUGUCCUCAAAGAUAGAAGUCAAGUACUGGUCGUUCUGGAGAUUCCAUCUGCUGGUGGCUUCUUCGCCGGCGGUCCUUCCAUACCACGGCUCCCAGUUCUGCUCGGCAAUUUUGUAGAGCCUAGACUCUUUACCGCCUUCCUCUCGUUUUUCCAGCCUGCGCAGCCAUUCGCGUUUUGCAUCCAGUCCAUCUACAGGGUAUACCAGGGCGACAUAAUAGCCUUCCUUGGCCAGCUGCGUAGGCAGGCCUUUGUGAGUCGAGACGAGAAUGACACACUGCUUCUCUGCCAGUCUCCGGAUGUCGGCCAGAUAGUUCUGAGGAAACUCGGGCUUGGAGCUGUAUGCGCUCGAGUCCAGAUCGUAGACCUCCAACCCAAGCUCUUUGAGCAGCUCGUCCUUGUUAGAUGAAAAAUGGGUCUUUCCGAUGGCAGGGUAUCCGGAAAUGAUGAUAGCCUUGUGAGUGUCGCCGACCUUGUCCGCGUCGGUCUUGGAGUCAGGCCUCGCCCCGAGGCAGGAGAUUGAGGCGCCCAUGAAGCUCUGAGCUCUGGCUGGCAAUGCACGGGGUUUGGUCGAUGAUGGAAAACUUGGGCAGCGGCGGAGUGAAGCGUGAAGUACGUCGACCGACAUCUGCAAUGUAGAUACCGCUUUGACCCUCGGUGUAGUUUCAAAAAUGGUAGUGCCGGAGACUUGCGAAAGAGCGGAAGAGCAGCUAGCUGUCUGGGUCGUUCGCUCGCGACUAGAAUUGUGCAAGAUUGUGGAGGAAUUUCAAUCGUCCCUCAGCUGGGAUGACGGGCGAGAUGAGCCUUUUCAGCUCAAAGGUGAG